AUGAGUGUAGAGGAUGGGGGUAUGCCAGGCCUGGGCCGUCCCAGGCAGGCCCGCUGGACCCUGAUGCUACUCCUAUCCACUGCCAUGUACGGUGCCCAUGCCCCAUUGCUGGCACUGUGCCAUGUGGACGGCCGAGUGCCCUUCCGGCCCUCCUCAGCCGUGCUGCUGACUGAGCUGACCAAGCUACUGUUAUGCGCCUUCUCCCUUCUGGUAGGCUGGCAAGCAUGGCCCCAGGGGGCCCCACCCUGGCGCCAGGCUGCUCCCUUCGCACUAUCAGCCCUGCUCUAUGGCGCUAACAACAACCUGGUGAUCUAUCUUCAGCGUUACAUGGACCCCAGCACCUACCAGGUGCUGAGUAAUCUCAAGAUUGGAAGCACGGCUGUGCUCUACUGCCUCUGCCUCCGGCACCGCCUCUCUGUGCGUCAGGGGUUAGCGCUGCUGCUGCUGAUGGCUGCGGGGGCCUGCUAUGCAGCAGGGGGCCUUCAAGUUCCCGGGAACACCCUUCCCAGUCCCCCUCCAGCAGCUGCUGCCAGCCCCAUGCCCCUGCAUAUCACUCCGCUAGGCCUGCUGCUCCUCAUUCUGUACUGCCUCAUCUCAGGCUUGUCUUCAGUGUACACAGAGCUGCUCAUGAAGCGACAGCGGCUGCCCCUGGCACUUCAGAACCUCUUCCUCUACACUUUUGGUGUGCUUCUGAAUCUAGGUCUGCAUGCUGGCGGCGGCUCCGGCCCAGGCCUCCUGGAAGGUUUCUCAGGAUGGGCAGCACUCGUGGUGCUGAGCCAGGCACUAAAUGGACUGCUCAUGUCCGCUGUCAUGAAGCAUGGCAGCAGCAUCACACGCCUCUUUGUGGUGUCCUGCUCACUGGUGGUCAACGCCGUGCUCUCAGCAGUCCUGCUACGGCUGCAGCUCACAGCCGCCUUCUUCCUGGCCACAUUGCUCAUUGGCCUGGCCAUGCGCCUGUACUAUGGCAGCCGCUAGUCCCUGACAACUUCCACCCUGAUUCCGGACCCUGUAGAUUGGGCGCCACCACCAGAUCCCCCUCCCAGGCCUUCCUCCCUCUCCCAUCAGCAGCCCUGUAACAAGUGCCUUGUGAGAAAAGCUGGAGAAGUGAGGGCAGCCAGGUUAUUCUCUGGAGAUCGGUGGAUGAAGGGGUACCCCUAGGAGACGUGAAGUGUGGGUUUGGUUAAGGAAAUGCUUGCCAUCCCCCACCCCCAACCAAGUUCUUCCAGACUAAAGAAUUAAGGUAACAUCAAUACCUAGGCCUGAGAAAUAACCCCAUCCUUGUUGGGCAGCUCCCUGCUUUGUCCUGCAUGAACAGAGUUGAUGAAAGUGGGGUGUGGGCAACAAGUGGCUUUCCUUGCCUACUUUAGUCACCCAGCAGAGCCACUGGAGCUGGCUAGUCCAGCCCAGCCAUGGUGCCUGACUCUUCCAUAAGGGAUCCUCACCCUUCCACUUUCAUGCAAGAAGGCCCAGUUGCCACAGAUUAUACAACCAUUACCCGAACCACUCUGACAGUCUCCUCCAGUUCCAGCAAUGCCUAGAGACAUGCUCCCUGCCCUCUCCACAGUGCUGCUCCCCACACCUAGCCUUUGUUCUGGAAACCCCAGAGAGGGCUGGGCUUGACUCAUCUCAGGGAAUGUAGCCCCUGGGCCCUGGCUUAAGCCAACACUCCUGACCUCUCUGUUCACCCUGAGGGCUGUCUUGAAGCCCGCUACCCACUCUGAGGCUCCUAGGAGGUACCAUGCUUCCCACUCUGGGGCCUGCCCCUGCCUAGCAGUCUCCCAGCUCCCAACAGCCUGGGGAAGCUCUGCACAGAGUGACCUGAGACCAGGUACAGGAAACCUGUAGCUCAAUCAGUGUCUCUUUAACUGCAUAAGCAAUAAGAUCUUAAUAAAGUCUUCUAGGCUGUAGGGUGGUUCCUACAACCACAGCCA